ACCUCACAACACACCUGAGGAGCGUGAAUUUGACCAUAUUACUGCUUACAUAUCAUCCACAUCUACCAUAUCCAGCAGAUCUCUUCAUGUUUGCCUGCCAGCUCGCAUUUUUUUGAUGUGUUCCCACCAAAAGCAGAACUUCCAGCUGAGGAUUCCUUUCUGGGACCAAGCAUCCUUGUAAUCAAGGCUUCCUGAUCUUCUGGCCUAACUCAUCACUGCACGGCUAGGGUGUCGGUGGUCCAGAGAAAUGCUGUAAUGGAAGCAGCAGUCAGCACUCUGAUGCUCUGAUUUCCUCUCUCUAUCAACUCUACAGACCGAGCUAUUUAAGAAGCAGACUUUAGAAAGACACUGCAAGAGCCAUGAGGAUUCCAGCCACCUUGCUGCACCUGCUCCUUGUGCAUCUCAGCGCCUCUCAUACAAAACACUGGACAUAUAAAGCAGGAGAGCUGGAUGAAAUGCACUGGGGAAAGCACUUUGCAGCCUGCACUGGCAAGCACCAGUCCCCCAUCGACAUUCAGAAGAGGAAAGUGAGGUACAACCCGCAGCUGAUGCAGCUCGAGCUGAGUGGUUACGAUGGACCCUUGCAGGGAAACUUCACCAUGACCAACAACGGGCACUCAGUCCAGAUUGAUUUGCCACCCACCAUGCGCAUCACCAAAGGGCUCCCAAGCCUCUUCACCGCUGUCCAGAUGCACCUGCACUGGGGCGGGCUGGACCUGGAGACCAGCGGCUCUGAACACACAGUGGAUGGAAUGAGAUACUUUGCGGAGCUGCACAUUGUCCAUUACAACUCCGGCAACUACUCCAGUUUUGAAGAGGCAAAAGACAAGUGGAACGGGCUGGCCGUGCUUGCUUUCCUCUAUGUGGAUGGGAAUUUUGAGAACACCUACUACAGUGAAUUCAUUUCCAACCUGGCCAAAAUCAGGUUUGCCGGGCAAUCAGCCAAGCUCAGUUUGCUGGAUGUCCAAGCCAUGCUGUCCGAAAACCUCUCACAUUUCUACAGGUAUCAGGGUUCACUAACCACACCACCUUGCUCGGAGAACGUGAUCUGGACAGUUUUUGAUUCUCCCAUCAUCCUAUCACACACGCAGAUCAAGCUGCUGGAAAACACCUUGCUGGACUGGCAGAACAACACCCUGCGGAACGACUAUCGCCACGCUCAGCCGCUCAAUGACAGAGUCGUGGAAUCAUCUUUCAAGGCCAAAGGCACCAAAGAACUCUGUCUGCCAGAAGAACUCAGCUCAAAACUGGAGCAAAUACAGACUCAGCUCCAGGAGAUGAAGAAGCAUCUACUGGCUGGAGUGGGCCUGACCGGCCUUAAAUCUAGUGCUUUCCCAGCUUUCUACUUCCCCGCUGAAAACAUUGCGAGCUACGUGGCUGUGCAGCCGCUCCAUGACAUGAAGCUCCAGGCCUUCACCUUGUGCUUUUGGAUCCAAACCCAGAACCGAGGCAGUCAGACCAUUCUCGCCUAUCGCACCCAGGAAAGAGACAAUGAGCUGGUGGUGACUGUGGGCUCGGCCGUGGGGCUGUGGCUAGGGGGCCACUUUGUUGAGUUCCCCCUGCACCACAAGUCUGAGGAGUGGCUCCACUACUGCGUAGCAUGGGCUUCCCACUCCGGAGCAGCAAAUCUGUGGCUCAACGGAGCGGUGGGGAGAGAGAAGCACCUCCAGAGAGGGUACGUGAGCCAGGCCGGAGGGACGCUUGUCCUUGGGAAGGACAGAGAUGAGCUCCUGGGGAUCUUCUCCAAUGGAUUCUCCGGGUGGAUGAGCCACGUCAGCCUGUGGAGCUGGGUCAUCAGCCACGCCGACAUCCGAGUGCUAGCCUUGUGCAGGUGCAGUGAGCUGAAGGGGGACGUGAUCGCCUGGGGAGAAACCCCCAUGAGUCUCUCGGGGGGAGUGGUGCUGGACUCAGACCCCAGUUGCCAAUGACAGCAGGCUGAAUUGGUCCCCUCUUUCUGAGCAAAUGGGGAAGCACGUUUGUACAGUGUGUGAUUUUUCUAAAGCACCUUGAAUAACUAGCCAUUUCUCCUUCUGCUUAAAGUUUAGAGUCAUUAAACACGCAUCAUAGUGUGACAUGCAGGGCCCAGACACCCCGAGGGGAGAAUAGAAGGUUUAAACCCCAAAACAGAGCAGUCAAACCAACUGAUUUUAUGCGCUAUAAAGGUCUAUUGAGUAAGGUCUUUUUUGGAUGGUUGUAAUGUUCUUAAGUCAAUGAUCAUUAUUAUGCAAUAUGUCUACAGCCUGUGGUUAUGUAUAUAGAAAACUGUGCUUAUAAUCUGUAGUACAGCUACACCUCCUCCUGACAUUCAGGCAGCAGGCCGGGAGGGACUGCUGCCUCUCCAGCCAGCUGGGACUAGCCCCAAGCACCCAGCAUUGUACAACUGAGGGAAAGACAAGUGAUGGGCCAUGAGAGUUAAUGGGAAGACACAGCUAUGCCAGCGAGAAUUCCUGCCUCACAUGAGUAACCAUAAGUCAGCAUGAGGGGACAACACUUUUACAAGGGCGGCUUGGAAAUGGAGGUCUUCAUCCACAAAUCAGGGCUGGGUCUCCACUACAGACCUAUAUCAGUAUAACUAGGUCGUUCAGAGGUGUGGAUUUUUCACACCCUCGAGCGAUGUAGUUCUACGAACCUAACCCCCGUGUAGACAGCGCUCUGUUCACAGGAGAGCUUUUUCUGUCGUCAUAGCUACCGCCUCUCAGGACAGGCAGAUUAACUAUACCGAUGGGAGAAGCUUUCCUAUUGGCGUAGGAGCAUCUUCGCUAAAGUGCUACAGCUGCGCAGCCAUGCCAUUGUCGUGCUGUACGUGAAGACAAGUCUUAAGGUCCAACUUGUAGAUGGGAGCCUGUCUGUGAACACUGGAUUGCCCCCUAAAGGGAGGUGGCACUCCUGGAUACCGUCCCAAGUCCCCAGCAAGAGGUAACUUGUAUUAGACAAGGGAUUUUAUCCAAUAUAGAAACGCAACGCCUGCACCGACAUCUUUAUGUUGGUCUACUGUGUGACUUGUAUGAGUUUGCUUUUUCUUACUAUUUUAUC